AAUAAGAUUGUGACAUAACCUGGAACCGGCGCGGUAGUAAGAUCACGUUUUGCGAAAAGGCGAGAAUCUUCCAGAAGUACAAGUUAAGUUAAAAUAAGUCACAUCGAAGUUAAAAAAAAUGUUGCGCCUGCCUCGUGUUGUUCGUCAAACAAUCUCCUUAAACAAAGCAAACCAGUUCGCAAGAUUCUACGCCAAAGAUGUGAGAUUCGGUGCUGAUGUAAGAGCGCUCAUGCUCCAAGGCGUAGACAUCCUCGCCGAUGCCGUAGCCGUCACAAUGGGUCCAAAGGGCAGAAACGUUAUUCUGGAGCAGUCCUGGGGCUCACCCAAAAUAACAAAAGACGGCGUCACUGUUGCCAAAGGAGUGGAGCUCAAAGACAAAUUCCAGAACAUCGGAGCUAAACUUGUACAGAAUGUGGCCAAUAACACCAACGAGGAGGCCGGAGACGGAACCACCACCGCCACAGUUCUGGCCCGAGCCAUCGCAAAGGAGGGAUUCGAAAAGAUCUCGAAGGGUGCGAAUCCCAUCGAAAUCCGUCGCGGGGUCAUGAUGGCCGUGGAGGCGGUCAAAGACAAGCUGAAGAACAUGUCGAAGCCGGUCACGACCCCCGAGGAGAUCGCGCAGGUGGCCACCAUCUCCGCGAACGGCGACACGGCCAUCGGCAAGCUAAUCGCCGACGCCAUGAACAAGGUCGGCCGCGACGGAGUCAUCACCGUCAAGGACGGCAAAACCCUCAACGACGAGCUCGAAAUCAUCGAAGGUAUGAAAUUCGACAGAGGUUACAUUUCACCAUAUUUCAUCAACACAUCCAAAGGAGCUAAAGUUGAGUUCCAAGAUGCUCUAGUCCUCUUCUCCGAGAAGAAAAUCAGCAAUGUACAGACUAUCAUCCCAGCCCUGGAGUUGGCUAACCAACAGAGGAAGCCCCUGGUCAUUAUUGCCGAGGAUGUUGAUGGUGAAGCUCUGUCCACAUUAGUAGUAAAUAGGCUGAAGAUUGGUCUGCAGGUCGCCGCUGUCAAGGCACCCGGCUUCGGUGACAACCGUAAAUCUACACUCAGUGACAUGGCUAUUGCUACCGGCGGUGUCGUCUUCGGUGAUGAUGCCAACCUCAUCAAACUGGAAGAUGUCCAGCCCUCCGACCUCGGUCAGGUGGGUGAAAUCGUUAUUACCAAAGAUGACACUCUGAUGCUCAAAGGCAAAGGCAAGAAGGCUGACAUUGACAGAAGAGCAGAACAGAUCCGUGAUCAGAUUCAGGAGACAACGUCCGAGUACGAGAAGGAGAAGCUCCAGGAACGUCUCGCGAGACUAGCUUCAGGUGUUGCUGUCCUCCAUGUUGGUGGAUCCAGCGAGGUUGAGGUUAAUGAGAAGAAGGACCGUGUGACUGAUGCUUUGAACGCUACCAGAGCCGCUGUCGAGGAAGGUAUUGUGCCUGGAGGUGGCUCAGCACUCCUUAGAUGUAUCCCUCUGUUGAGCGAUCUGAAAACAUCAAACGAAGACCAAGCCACCGGUGUAGAAAUCAUCAAGAAGGCUCUAAGAAUGCCCUGCAUGACCAUUGCCCGCAACGCUGGUAUCGACGGCUCAGUAGUUGUAGCUAAAGUAGAGGAUCUUGGACCCGAAUUUGGUUAUGAUGCUUUAAAUAAUGAGUAUGUAAAUAUGAUUGAAAAGGGAAUCAUUGACCCAACCAAAGUAGUAAGAACAGCGUUGACGGAUGCCAGCGGUGUAGCUUCCCUGCUCACGACCGCCGAGGCUGUCAUCUGUGACCUUCCACAAGAGAAGGAGCCCAACCCCAUGGCUGGUAUGGGUGGCAUGGGAGGUAUGGGAGGAAUGGGGGGUAUGAUGUAAGCCGCCUAGCUUAUAAACCGCAUUUAUAGUGUAAAGGACAUUUACCAGUAAGGGUACUGUAAUGUUAUGGUUGUUUUCUUAUGAGUGAAUGAAAUGGUUUUUUUUUAAUCUGAAUGUUAGAUUAGCAGAUGUAAUAGAAUUUAGUUUAUGAUUGCCACAACUGAGAGGUGUUAUUUUUAAAUAUAAUAAUGUUGAACA